CAAACAAGGGGAGAGUACACAUCCGAUACUCAGAUUGAAUGGCUUCAUUCAAUUGUGUGUUUUGUGGUAUUUGUGACGCUCGUCAUAUUACAAAGACAGCAGCUUAUUGGUGCCCAGAAUGCGACGAAGGACUGUGUACUGAAUGCCAUGAACAUCACAGCAUAUCAAAAGGAACACGCAAACAUGGCGUUAUUUCUAUGGAAAGCUAUUACAAACUACCGACGUCAAUUGCAAACAUCGUAAGUUUUUGCGAAGAUCAUGAUAUGAAAUAUGAAAAUUAUUGUCCGCAUCAUAACAAACUUUGUUGUCCAGCGUGUAUAUCAACAAAGCACAAAAACUGUGUCGGUUUACUUCUGCUCCAGGACGUUCUUAAAACUGCCAAAUCGUCAACGUUAUUGGACUCAAUUGAGGUUAGCAUAAAAGACAUCAAAACCAACAUUGACACAAUCAUAAAAAAUCGCCAAGAUGACCUAAAUACAUUCCGGAAGCAACGAGAAAGAUGUCAAGAUGACAUCAAACAACUUCGAUUUAAAAUAAACUGCCAUAUGGAUGAACUAGAACAACAGAUAUUGAACGAACUAGAUGUUGCAGAAAAUAAAGUUAGAAUUAAAACAAAUAAAGUGAUAGCAGAUCUUUCUGAGAAAACACAACAUGCAGAUGUCUUGCAACAAAACAUAGCAUCUGUGAAGGAACACGGGUCAGACCUUCAGACAUAUAUAGGCAGUAAAAUGAUUGAAGCUGAUGUGGGAAUCGAGGAGAAAUAUAUCCAGUCUUUAACAAAGGAUGGAAGCCUUCAACAAAAUCUCUUGAAAUGCAAAAUUGAUGAUAAAAUAUCAAGGUUAACAUCAAUUAAAACCUUUGGAAACAUAUCUGUAGAACCAGGAUGUUUAUCGGUAACAUUAAAAACAGAAAAGGAAAAGCAGGCCCAAAUUUUAACAAACAUUCCUAUACCCAUCGAAAGAACUGUUGAUAAUAUUAAACUGUUAAUUGCAUCCAAAAUUGAUAUGACUGGAGAUUUGUUUAAAAAGUCUGAUAUCCGGGGGGCCGUCAUAUUAUCUAACGGACAAAUGUUAUUUGCAGAUUGUAGUCAACGUAAGCUUAUCUUGAUCAAUAAAGAUGGUACGCUUGCAAAAACCGUAUUAGUGACUAGUGGGCCAUAUGACGUUUCCAUCAUUAGUGACAGAACAGUAGCAAUGUCAGCAUUUCGUGCCGUUCAUAUUAUUGACAUCGAUUCAGAGGAUAUUAAAGACAAUAUAAAUACACACGGAGAGUGUCAGGGCAUAGAUUACCAUAGCGCAAGAGGAAUGAUAGUAUGCUAUGUAAAAUCAAGAGGAAUUCAGUCGAUUCAAUUAUUCGAUAAGACAAUUUCAACUAUCGUACAAGUAAGAGGUGAUUCGAAGACGGGUUCGUUCUAUAUUGCUGUCCAUGGCGAUAGUAUUUACGAAUCGAGGGCAGAACAACAUACUAUAACAUGUUAUUCCUUAGUUGGAGAGAAAAGGUGGGUUUACAACAACACUGACCUCUUGGCUUCUCCUAUGGCUAUUUCCGUUGAUGACAACUCAAACUUGUUUGUUUCCUCCAAUUUUACAAACAGUUUAGUUGCACUGUCGGCUGAUGGAACAAUAUGCAAGCAGCUUCUCAGUUUCGAAGACGGAAUCACGCGUCCGUUGGCCUUAUAUUUUGAUGUUAAGAAGAACAUCCUGCUUUAUGCAAAGAAAAGUGGACCAGCCUUUAUAUAUAAUGUAUCGUAA